CUCUGAGCUUCCAUCGGCUGCUUCCUGGCGCAAGCCCUUCUCGUUUUCCGGAUCCCAACAAUCCCUCAAUCUCGUAUAGCAACUCGCCAAAUUGCCCUCACUUCUGUACUUUGACGCUGCACGCAUCUGCCUGUAUGCUUACCAUUUGGGAGCGCUGAACAUCUCUCACACGUAUGUCGUAAUACCGAUACGGCCUUUACUCGAUCGUAUCCCCGUAACGUUAAACCACUAUCGCUGUUCUAGUGAGAGCAUCUGCACGUAAGAUCGGUUACUUCGGCCCGCGCCAACUUUCCUCAUCUCUAGGUCGUCGGCCCUUUUCUACGUGCUACAGUACAACUCAAACCUUCCAACACUACUCAAGAUUAGAAAGGUUCAAGCGAGGAACACAUCUCAUGGCAGGCACGAGACGGCGAUCCCGGGCUCGUGACACGAUCAAAACGCAUCAACGGCGGCGAUCAGCGUCUCACCUAGUAUCUACCGUACCUGAGACUGCAAUUGCCACGAACGCAAAUGUUGGCGAGGUAGCCGAGGGUGCUGAUGAGGGUUCUCCCCGUCCGGAAGGCUCUUCACAACCUGAAACGUUAAUCAAUCGCUCAGUCUCAGCAUUCUGCAAAGAAUGCAGUGGCAAGAUUGGCGAGUUUUACAACUCGUGGCACAAGGUCACCAGCAGUUACUUCAGCCCUGCGUUGCUUGGGUCUUACAGAAGCCUGUUGCGGACAUCGGCCUGGCGAAAAUCAGCGUCAGAUUCAACAGAAUUAGCAGGAUGUACCAUAGACUUAACCUGCUGUCCAGGCUGCAGCAACCAUCUUGGUUUUAUAGUCGUUGAUACACCUGCAGGCGGGAAACGAUUUCGUGGUCGGGAGUUUUUCAAGCUCCAACACAUCGAACUGCGAUGCGAGGUAUCCCCAAACAAGACGAUCACCGUAAAGCCCCAGGAAAACGUGGCUCCUGAUCUGGUACUCUCCGAAGGGUCGAAAAGCCCAUCCCCCACACGAGUCGAGACCACCCCGGAUACGAUGGAGUUCGAAACACCUCUCUCGUCUUCGCAUCCACUAUGGACCAAACCCGAGCUGCAGCAACAGCGCCCGUACUCACAACCUCGGGACUUUGUACGCCAAUCAUUGCAAUCGAAUGUGUCUCUACCGCAGCCAGUGACUCUGCCGCCGCCAGUGGUCACGGCACAUUCACCUGUCAACCGGAGCGUUGCAAGCUCGGAUAGCCCUCCAUUACUACCACCUUCGCAGGCAUCUCCGCAACCAGCGCAGCUACCAUCUGUACACACUAUCGGAAGCUCAAUCCGAAAUCCUCAGCCAGAGCCAGCUGUCAACGGCCACAGCGACGGUCACAAGUAUCCUCGGGAUCCGCGCGACGUGCGCUUUGAUGCUAUUCAGCGCCUGCAGACACAAAUCUCGCAGAACACCAGCGUCCUGGCUGCUCAGUCACGUACUCAGGUGGAGUCUGCUGAGAUUGUGAGGCAGAUCGAGAGCAGUCUUCGCAGUGAGUUCCAGGGUCAAUUGCAGCGGCAGGACCAAGAGUUGCGCAGAUUAGGCGACACUGUAAAUCAGCUAGCCCGAGAGCUUACAGAAUGCCGCCAGACCAUGGUCGGUCUUGGGCACGAAGUGCACGUCGCCAGGACAGAAAGCGCACGGCGCUCGAGCGACGUAAUGCAGCCCAUUCAAGAUGACGCUCUUGAGCUCAUGGCUCGACGAAUCGGAGACAUAUCGCACAGGACGACCGAUCUCGAAACACUGAGAGACCUUGUGUCUAUCCUGGGUGGCAAAGUGCAAAGGCUCGAGUCCGAGUCGGCUCCCACUCGCCAGCCGCAUCCACAGCUAACAUAUCCCGCACAUCAGCCUAUGCAACCAGUACAGGUAGCGCACGCCGCGCCCUUACCACCGCCUCAGCCUCCGGUCCAUGUGUUCCAGACACCCGCUCGGCCGACAUCCAACCCACAGGUUGUGCCUGUUCACGAGAACUCCGCCGCUACGAUGCCUCCAGAAAGCGCUCAAAGACCCGAGCCUGUUCCUGCCCAGAAUGGAUGGGCGACGGUGAAUGCUGGAGUGAAGCGCACAUAUGAGAGCGCUACAAAUAGCCCGCAUCAGAAUACAAGCUCAGCACCUGGGUCUCCAAAGCGUCCCAAACUGGUCGUGACCGGAGGGUCUCAGGAUAGCCUUCCGUCACAGCCUCCUAUCGAGCCACCGCACAUGCUGCUAUCUCAGACGCAGCCUGUGGUUGCCUCGCAGCCGCUAACGCAACCGGGACCAUUCACAGGACCGCACCCAGGUGCGCAUCCAGGACCACCACCGACACAGCCCUACCCGCCUUAUGGCACACAAGAGGGCCCAUCGGAUCAGAGCUGGCGACCCGAAUCUCAGCGCAUGGCUGAGUCGCGUCCCGCCCGCGGCAGAGGCUCUAGAGGAGGCCGGGGACCAGGCAGCAGGGGCGGGCGGGUGCGGAAAAGUAUGCAGGGACAUGAAUAUUCCAUGGGAACGCCAGAUUGGGAGCGAGAUCAUUGGACAGCUAUCCCGGACACGCAAGCCAGCCCAAGCGUUAUUGAUGGCCAUUCUAGAAGUAUUGUGCGGCGCGGUGGGGGUGCCGUUGGACCUCGUAGCGGACCCUUGUCAGUGGAGCGUUCGAAUGAGUGGACCCCUGAGAUUGGGCCUCGUACCGUCUACCACAGUCAAGACUCGCCCAUUGAAGUUAAGAAGACUAGAUCAAAACCUAUCCGUAAUGAGGAUGGGAUAUUAGUCCGCAAAGACGGCCGGCCAGACAGACGUUCGCAGUCAUCCGCAGCGAAUCUUAGAAAGGUACACGCCCGUAAGGAGGAGCAACAAAGAGAGGCGGAGGCCGGGUCCACACCUACUGGAUACAGUCACACAACGCCUGCAGGGCUGGACACUCCAAGCCCGACUUCGCGAGAUUCUCAUGAGCCGGAUGUUACGGAUAGCGUACGCAGGAAGCAUCGCGACAUCCUCGGAAGAAUUUUUCCGGAAGGGCUGAAUUCCUCGCGGAAGCAGCACGACUACGCCCACCAGGUGUUCAACGAGGAUCGUGACCAUACUGCACAUCCACGUUCGCGAGUAAUCAAAUCCACCAAGGCCGCGCCGCGGGUCAAGAAAGAGUAUGUUGAGCGCAGCGAGGUCGCGGAGACUCAGACUCCUAAUGGCGGCGACGUUGAAAUGGAUGAUGGAGCCUCUACGAAUGGACACGAGCAUGAUGACACUGAGACACCAUCUGGUGAAGUGGUCACUGCAUCGGAUCAGACACCGGUCCAGGAAGAGAACGGUCGAGGGGUUGUGGCACAAAAAAGCACAGUGCAGAUUCCAGAGACGCAGGCUACUAAUAAUUCGGUCACAGUUGCAGCCCAGUCAGCAGAGACAGCGUAGGACGAGUUUCCAUUCGAAGCUUACAUGACGGAAGAUCUUCUAGUGGCGACUCAUUUAUGGUGCAUGUAAAUAUCACUUUUAAAUACAAGA